AAUUUUAAUGGAUAGCAUAGAGAAGGAGGUGGAGAAUGAGAGAGGAUAUUGGUCAAAGCAUUCUUCAGCAAAUGGUCAGACUUAUUACUACAAUGUGAAGACUGGGUAAUCUUAGUGGGAGAAACCUGAAUGUCUUUAGGAUGAGGAAUCUGAAGUAGAGGAGGAGUGGUAAUAAUAUUUGACAGAGGAUGGAAAGCCUUAUUGGUAUAAUCGAAUAACGAGGGAGAGUAAAUGGUAGAAACCAGAGGAGGAGCAAUAUACGUAUAGAAUUAUAAUAUUAAUUAAGAUCAGGAGAGGAGGAGGAUAUCAUUCCACCGAAUCCUAUUGAUUAGUUCACAUAAUUAUUGAAGGAUAAUAAGAUCACAUCGAGUGUGAAAUGGGAUUCAGUUGUUAAGCAAUUGUAAAGUGAUUCAAGAUGGAAGUGUAUAGGGAGUAUAAGUCAUAAGAAGAAGAUUUAUAAUCAAUAUUUGGAGGAGUUGAAGAAAUAAGAGAAGGAAGAGAACAAAACCAAAUUGAGUAUGGCAAAGGAAGAUUUUAUGAAGAUGUUGGAAGAACAUAAGAUCUUGUCAUCAGAUAUCAAAUUAUGGAAAGUAUAAAGUUAUCUUGUUACAGAUGCAAGAUGGAAAGCAAUCCCUGAUGAAAAGGAAAGGGAAAAUUUAUUCCAGGAUUAUUUAGAUAAAUUAUAUAAGCAAGAGUAAGAGCAGAUGAAGGAGAGUAGGAAAACUACUACUGAGGAUUUUAGAAAGAGGUUACAAAGACAUAUAGAAAUAGGAGUAUUAAGUCAUAGUUCCACUUGGGAAGAGUGCUUAAAGUUAUUCAGUUAAGACAGACUAUUGUAGUAGAUGUUACCAAUAGAUGCUUUAGGAGUAUUUGAAGAGGUAUAAACUAGUUCUAUGUUUAGGUUAUCAAUCCUCUAUAUGAAUAGUGGAGAUAGUCAAUCAUCUCUAAGUACAGACAGAAUAGAAUCAAUUUUAGGGAAUUGCUCUAAGAACAUCUUGCCGAAGGUUUAUUGACACAUAAGACGAAAUGGGGUUAAUUUGUAUAGACAAUAUAAUAAGAUGAUAGAUUUAUUUGCAUGCUCGGAUAACCAGGAUCACAACCACAUGAAUUGUUUUAAGAUUUCAUUUCACAUUUAAAGUAGAACCAUUAACUGUACAAAUCAGAGUUAAAAAUGCAUCUCUAACAAAAGGGAGUUAAGGUCUUGACCAAUGUUAGCUUUGAGGAAGUGGAUGCACUAUUUAUUGAUAAUUUAAUCUGGACCAAAAUGCCAUCUCAUGAAAAAAAAUAUUACUAUCGUUACUUCCAAGAAAAUAUUAAAUAGUCAUCCAAUAUCUAAUCUAAACGAUACAAGAAGAUGUGCAAAAGAUACAUUAAAUUAUUAAAAUCAUUACCUGAUUAUAAAUCUUAUGAGGAAAUGUUACCUAUAAUUAAUCAAAAGAUUUAAGAGAAUCCAAAAUUAGCUGGAUUGGUCGAAGAAUAAAAAAGAGCAUAGUAUGAAUCAUUUGUAGCUAAUCUUUAACAAUAAUAAUAAUAACAGACAUAAUCAUAAUAAAUACCAAUUGUACCUGUUGUGAGUUAAUAAUCAUAAUAAUUAUAAUAGUAAUAGUAACAAUAAUAAUAAUAAUAAUAGUAAUAAUAGUAGUAAUAAUAAUAAUAAUAAUAAUAAUAAUAGUAAUAAUAAUCAACUCAAAUUCAAGAAGAACCCAUAUAAUAAUAGACUUCAGAGAAGGAUUAGAGUGAGAGAAAAAAGAAGAAGAAGAAGGAGAAGAAGGAAAAGAAAGAGAAGAAAUCAAAGGGAGAAGGUUCUGUUAGAUAAGAUCUUAGUCAAGUAGAACCAGAGAAGACUAAAAAUGUUAAAUAAGAACAUGAACCUGAGCCUGGAGAGAUUCAACCGAAUUAUGACUUUAACGAUUAGGAGAAGUCUAAAAGUAAAGGGAAGAAGCAUCGAAAAAGUCAUCAUAAGAGUAAAAAACAUUACAAAUAAUGAAUAUUAUUUAAUGAUAAGAUAUAAAUAAAAAG